UAUAAAUCUUAUAAUAAAUAAUGUUUAGAAAUAGGAAAUACUUCUGUUAGUCCAUAUUAUUUUACCAAUAAGAGCAAUAACUAAAUAAGGUAUUAAAGGACUGCGAAGAUUGCUUCAAACAAUUAGAUCAACACGGGAAAGCGAUUAAGAAGGACACAAAAGACAUGUUUGUAAAAUUUACACAAGCAAAGGUAAUAAUUAGAUAUAUUGAUUAGUUAUAAGACUAAAAGAAGUUGUUAGAAACAGACUCUGUUGGUGUAUUUUAGAUGCUUUUAGAUAUAAUUGAAAACGUAGCACAUGAUAAACCUUUGAUGACAUAUGUGUUGACAACAGUAGAAGCAAUAAUAUCAGAGAAUUAGAGACUUUUCAAAUAAUUUAUGCGAGCUUUGACACCAUAAGUAGUGCCAAAGUUGAAAUAAUUCUUAUUUCUUGAUGGAUAUGAUAAAGUGGUAUAUGAAGCAGCAGCAAAGAUAGCCACAAUGAUAAUAGCAGAAGAAGGAGGAAAUGAUGCAAAAGAAUGGGUCAUAUUAUUUUUAGGUGGUAUAGGUACAUAAGAAAAAUAUAUUAAAAAUGUAGGAAAUAAAUUAAAGAUUUCAGAUUAGAUGAUAAUGCCAAUAUGUGUACAUUUUCUUAAGCAUGAUUCCUUAGCAAUAUAAUUCAUAAAGAGUGGUGGUAUUAAGAUGUAUGAUAUUAAUCAUAAAUUUAUAGAAUAUCCAAUCAAUUGAUUAAUUACCCAACAGAUUUGCAUGUAGCUUAUUACACAAUUUUGGCACUAUGGUUAUUGAGCUUUACAAAUGAAUCAAUUUAAUAUUUCAAUGAUCCUUAAAUUGGUUUGAUUAGAAUGAUUAUAGAAUCAAUAUAGAAGAUAUCAAGAGAGAAAAUUUUAAGAGUUUCAUUUGCUUGUUUUAAGAAUUUAGUGGAUAUUUCAGCUUAAUGUAUAGAAUUAAUGGUUGAUAAUGGAUUGAUCAAGGUUGUGGAUUUAUUAUUGAAAGGAAAUCUAAAAGAUUAAGAUUUAAUUGAUGAUAUAAAAUAUGUUGGUGAGAUAUUGGAGAAGAAUAUGAAGAUCUUAACGUAAAUAAAUAUAAAAUUUAAUUAUAAGAUCUUUUGAAAAAUAUGUAAAGGAAUUGAAUGCUUAGAAUUUAAAUUGGAGUCCAGUUCAUAGUGAAAAGUUUUGGAAAGAGAAUGUAAAGAAGUUUGAAGAGAAUGAUUUUUUAUUAAUAAGGUAUCAUUAGAUUAGACAAUAAAUAAUAGGAAAUUAGCAGAUAUUUUAAAAUCAAAUAAUAAUUAAAAUAUAGCUGUUGCUUGUUAUGAUUUGGGAGAGUUUUGUAGAUUUCAUCCAUUUGGGAAAGUGUAAUGCAAUAGAAUAUUUUUAAUAGAGUUUUAGAACAAUUAAAUGCAAAAUAAGAAAUAAUGAGACAAGCUAGAAGCAAUGAUUAAAUGAUAAAAGAAAAUGCAUUGUUAUCAUUACAAAAAAUAAUGUUGCAUAAUUGGUAAGUUUGAAAGAAAGAUUAAUUAUAUAAAUAUAUAUAUAUAUAUUAAAGAG